UCUUCACUGCGGCUGAGUGUUUUAGCAACAUGGCGUCCAUCAUGUUUAGCUUGUGAACGAGUCCCGUUGUUGUGCUGAGAAAGAGUCUCUGGCACCAACAGCGAGGAGCCGCCAGAGCCUCCGUGUGUCCGGAUAAAGCUGCUGCUCUCCGGCUUCACCUCGGACUCAUCUCCCGGGAGCCUCCGGAGCUACUGGAGGUAGCUUAGCAUGCUAACCGCAAGUUAGCCUCGCAGCGCAGUGAAAGCAGAGUUCGUGGAGAAAAUGUAUAAAGUUCAGGAUCUGAGAUGGUGAAGCGGCGACUAACUGCGGCCGCAGGUACAACCGGAGAGCGGCUGUAUUCUGAACAUUACGUGUGUCCUGCGGACGUCCAGCAGCUGUUCGUAAGUAAAGAAGAGGUUCCCCCUGAGCAGCAGGAAGGAAGCCCCAGUCUGGACCAGGAGGACCCAGAGCCCCCACACAUUAGAGAGAAGUGGAGCCCCGGUCUGGACCAGGAGGACCCACCAGAGCUGCCACACAUUAAAGAGGAACAGGAGGAACUCUGGACCAGUCAGGAGGGAGAGCAGCUUCCAGGACUGGAGGAGGCUGAUAUCACCAAGUUCCCGUUCACUCUUGUCUCUGUGAAGAGUGAAGAAGAUGAUGAAGAGAAACCUCAGUCCUCACAGCUUCAUCAGAGCCAGACUGAACAGAUGGAAGCUGAUGGAGAGGACUGUGGAGGACCAGAACCAGCCAGGGACUCUGAUCGAAAUAGACUUUUACCAUUUGAGACUAAAGACUCUUCUGAGACUGAAGUCAGUGAUGGUGACUGGGCCAAGCCCACAGAACCUCAGUCAGGUUUAAACUCUGUAAGUAACACUGACAGGAAGUUAUUUAUCUGCUCCGAGUGCGGUAAAACAUUUGGCCACAAGACAAAUCUGAAAAGACACACAAGAUGUCACACAGGAGAAAAACCGUUCAGCUGCUCAUUUUGCAAUAAACGUUUCAACCGGAGGGAACACUUGAUUGCUCACAUGAGAUGUCAUUCAGGAGAAAAACCUUUCAGCUGUUCAGUUUGUAACACGAGUUUCAGUCAUGGCUGGUCCUUGGAUAAGCACAUGAGAGUCCACAGCGGGGAGAAACCGUUCAGUUGCUCAUUUUGCGGUAAAAGAUUCAGGCAGCGCUCAGAUUUGGUCGCACACUUCCGAAUUCAUACAGGAGAAAAACCUUUUUCCUGCUCAGUUUGUGAUACGAGUUUCACUCAGCGUCACACUCUGGUUCAGCACAUGAGAACGCACACGGGGGUCAAACCUUUUCUCUGUUCGGUUUGUGGUACCAAAUUCUCGCGAAAGGGACAUCUGACGAGACACAUGGCGGCUCACACAGGGGAGAAACCCUUCAGCUGCAGUGUCUGCCACAAAAGCUUCACUUGGCAGUCACAGUGUAAAAGACAUGAGUGUGUUUGUGAGAGCAGCGGCAGUAAAGUAACUGGGGACCUUUGAAUUUUGUACCUCCCACCUCAGACUGUGUAAUGAUCAAUGUGUAAUAAUGCAAUAAAUAGAGAGAUUAGUUCUGGUUUUCUGUUGACCAGAAAAACUAAAGAUGUCUUAAAGUGGAUGGAACGUUAUGGCGCUGUGUUCUGUCUCUGCUGAUACAUGAACAUUCUUCUUUCUUUAACUCUUGUUUACUUUUUGUUUCUUUAAAGAGGGUUUCUAACAUUUUGGGAAAUAAAUAUUUACCGCUGCAUUAAU